AUGGCCGUUAAUGUACCCGAUUCAUCCGAUGCUGAGCCAUCAACCAGCUAUGAGGUAAAAAUUAGUGCUGAUUUGACUCGACUUGAAAAUGAAAUCACUGAUGGGGGCGAAGCCACUGAUGAGGAAGCCGUUGAUGGGGACGAAAUCACUGAUGAGGAAGCCGCCGAGCUUUUUCCACCUGGAUAUACGCCACUUUCAAAUCCAGAGUCUGAGAAAAUGCGUGUCAAAUGGCACAAAGAUAUGCGCAGAUAUUCAAAAAUCACAGCUCAAGCUUUGCAUUUGAAGGAUCUUUCAGGAGAUAUGCCUACACCAAAAGCAGAUCAUCUUCUUAAGCUGGUGAAAGAAAAGUCACUUGAAGGAUUUUUAGCUCGUCUAGAGGCUGAGAUAGCUAAGCGGCCAAAGACUAAACCAAGCUGUAGCGAGACUCCCGUUUAA